AUAUUUAAAGUAAUUAUGCAUGAAAUAAUAAAUUAAAACUUAUUUUGAUUUUUAUAAUAUUUUCCCACAGCUUAUGAAAUGUAGUCAUUCAAAAAGAGGUUACUACUGAAAUAGAGAUAAUUAGGGCAUAUUUAAAUGUAUGUCGUUUUCCUCUUUUCAAUGGAAUGGCCCAUAUCAAGCAGUUAUAUCCAACUUUAACUUUCAAUAUCAAAAAUUUUCCUAAUGGUUCGGUUUUAGAUUAAAAAAAAUUCGUACGCCUAGUUUUCUAAUUACCAGAAUUAACCGAAAAAAUAUUGCCUAGUUGGUAAAUUACCAAAAAUUAUAUUAUAAUGUUUUUUACAUUACCAAAAUUGAGGCCCAAUUUUUAAAUUGCGCAUAACUUAUGUCCAUUAUUAAAAUUAUUCAUAAUAUAAGUACAGAUUUAAAUUUCAAGCGCUUUACACUAUAAAGACGAAAAGGGCUCAUUUGAUCCAUUUUCAAUUCUACUGCCAAUCUAUCUGUUGCCAGUUAUCCUUCUAAAUGGGUAUUUCGUGACUUUUAUUAAAAUUGCAUACAAUUUAAUUUGAAGGCAUUUCUAUUUCAUGGAUGUGUUUCAAUUUUAAAAUGAAUUAACAGUUUUUAAUUUACAUUAUAAGUUUUUUUGUUACUAAAAUUAAUUUUAAAGUAGUUGGGUCAAAUGACCCCCGUCCGUCUUUCAAGGUACGUAGCUUUUUCAGUCUCUCUAGUGUUAAAGAUCUUAAUUUGAUGAAAAUUAAAAAAAAAAACAGUACGAGUUAUUAUUUUUCUAUUUUAGGUCACUUCCGUUCUUUUUGUGAAAAAAAAAUUAAAAUUGUAUGUUAUUAUUUUUUUAAACCCUAUCUGCUUACGCAUAUUGCCUACUAUCUGCUUAAACUAGUUUUGUGGAAAAAGUUUCUCAACUUGUAAUAGUAAAUCAGUCAACCGCAAACGCUUAUUACCACAAACUCCAUAACAACAAACAGUAGUGCAAAUGUCAGCAAAGCGUUCUAAACCAAACAAUGUUCAAAGUGCAUUACAAUUCGGCGUUUAAAAAUGACCUCGAAAUAUCUAAAUUUAUAUUUGCUUAUAUUUUUAACACUCUUACAAUUGCUUAUUGCCAAUGAAGAUGGGGAUCAACAGGAUUUAGAUGGCAUUCGUAAUGAACGCACCUGUCGCCGUUGCCUUGGUAGACUCCAGCCCGCAGGUUUAAUAAAACAAUUGAAGACCUUGAGACUCAAUAGACGUUGGGAAAAUGAAAAAGAGUUUCGCAAGGGUAUACGUUUUAAAUACUACAGGAAUGGUGAAAAGGUUUACGAAAGCGCAAGUGAUGAAACCAGCGCCUUGGCUAAGUCUGGCUGUUCGCCGGAUGAAAAAUUUGCCUUCAUAAUGCAUGGUUGGCGUCAAAGUUGCGAAACCGAAUGGGUGCUCACACUCAUUGAACGUCUGACAUACCAUCGCGGCGGUUGCAUAGUGUGCAUAGACUAUGCAUUUUUUGCGCAAGACUCUUAUAUGUGGUUGUACAGAAGUUUUCGCAGGAUAUCCAACGUAAUUACAAAGCGCAUGCUGCUGCUUAUAAACGAAGGCUUCAAUCCGGACAAUGGUUACAUGUUCGGUUUCAGUUUUGGCGGACAGCUAGCGUCGGCUGUCGGCAGAAGUCUGAGUAAGGACUACCUUUUCCGCAGCAUAGAUACUUGUGAUAUGGCUGGUCCCGGUUUUGAUGUUUUCACCCACAUCGAUCAUCGUGACGCCGCCCGCCAUGUACAAUGUUUGCAUUCGAGUCGCGACAAGGGUACACGCAUUUAUACCUGCCAUCAGAAUGUCCGUUUGGGUAGCUGCGGUCACUUCCAGCCGGCUGCCUCUAGUCAACCAUAUUACAGCAGUCAUGGCUUAUGUGUUCAAAUAUAUAUUAAUGCAUUCGAUUAUCCUUUCUAUGCGAUGCAAUACGAGCCAACUUGGUGCGCCUCUAAACGUGCUGCCACAAAUAUACCCUAUAAAUACACCAUUGGCUAUAAUGAGACACCAAAUUCCAACAUACGCGGGGAAAUUUUCGUGCCAACUAGUCUACAUUUUCCUUAUAACUUUUCUGAAAAAGAAAUGCUAAUGUUGGGAUUCUUCGAUGAGAAUGUGGAAAUCUCAAGCGGAAAUUAUGACCAAACGGUUGAAACCUAAUGGAAAAUUUAGCUAAAUAAUUGGAUUACAAAACAACUGAGUUGAAAAUAAUAAUACAUACUUAUAUGAAAUAAAGAAGCCUUAGGUUAAAAGAUCGUAUUAAUGUAAUGCAAUAUAAAUAGUAGAAAGU